AUGGACGACCCCAUAGAAGACCCCGUUCCCAUAAGCUCGUGGUUGGCGGCCCUACACCUGGAGCAGUACAGCGCCGCCUUCCAGCAGCACCGCCUGCUCACCGUGGCCGACUGCCGGCGUUUGGCAGAACCGGACCUGACCCAAAUCGGGGUUCUGCUCCCCGGCCAUCGCCGGCGAAUCCUAUUAGGACUUGGCAAAGCUUUUCCCCCGACCCCCGGAUCCCCGCAUUCCCAAAUCACGAAACCCAUCCCGGCGAAACGUCACGUUUUCCGCACCCCCCCUCACGACCCCCCCGUCCCCCCCCCCGUCCCACCCAGGUUGGGCUGCAGACCCCCGCUGACGUUCGCCCCCCCUCCCCCGUCCCCCCUUCGCCAACCCGUAGAAUAUGGGGUCGGCCCCCCCCUCCCCGCUAAGCGACACCACGAAGGCAAAACCGGGACCCCCGAGGACCCCCCCGCUCUGCCCCCCAGGACUGGGGGCCAGCAGGAAGGAGGCAGCCCCAAAUGCGCCGGCUGGCUGGACAAGAUGGCGCCGCAGGGUCACUACCUGUACCAGCGCCGCUGGGUCACCCUGGACUCCCAAUACCUGCGGUACUUCGCCAGCGAUAAGGACGCCUUCUCCAAGCGCUUCAUCCCCGUCUCCUCCAUCAGCCACGUGGGCGCCGUCGGCGACCAGAAGUUCGAGGUGGUCACGCAGGGCCGCCAUUUUGUCUUCCGCGCCGACAGCGACGGUGAGGGGGAACCGCGGCCCUAUAAACCAUCUGAUGCAAUGCAGCUCAAGCAAUGCAGCACAGCUGAUGCAGCUCAUGCAGCUCAUGCAUCUCAAGCAAUGCAGCUCAGGCAAUGCAGCCGACGCAGCACAGCUGAUGCAAUGCAUCUCAAGCAAUGCAGCUCAGGCAAUGCAGCUCGGGCAAUGCAGCACAGCCGAUGCAGCACAGCCGCAGCCGUGCAGGCAGGCAUGCAGCAGCGGCAGCAGCUGUCCCCGCAGGAGCAGCAGCAGGGGCUGGGCAUCACGUCCAUCCCCAUGGCGCUGGGCUCGGUGCGGGACGCGGAGCGGCGCAGCUUCCAGCUCAGCACCCCGUAUGGCAGCUUCAGCUUCUCGGCGGCGUCCCAGCAGGACAAGGAGGCGUGGAUGGCGGCCAUGCGGGGCGCGGUGGCCUCGGCCCUGGCCACUUAUGGGGUGGCCGAACGCAUUUGGGAACCCGAAGCCAACCGACUGUGCGCCGACUGCGGGGCCCCGAAUCCCGACUGGGCGUCCAUCAACCUCUGCGUGGUCAUCUGUGAGAGAUGCGCGGGGGAACACAGGGCGUUGGGUCCCAACGUCAGUAAGGUGCGCAGCCUGAAGAUGGACAGCAGGGUGUGGAGCGAGGAGCUGAUCCAGGUGAUCGGGGUGGUUGUGGGGUCGCUGUGUUCUGCCCCGUUGAUGUGGGGUCCGUCGGGACCCCGUUGUCGGGAUCCCAUUGAUAUGAGCCUCCACCGUGACCCCAUUGCCAUCACCCCAUUGCCAUGGAUAUGGGGUUCGGGUCCCUAUGGGGUUUUUCUGCCUAAAUGUGGGGUCAGGGUCCCCAAAUGUCCCCACCUGGGUUGGGGUCCUUAUGGGGUUUUGCUGCCCCAUAAUACGGGAUAUGGGGUUGGGGUCCCUAUGGGGUUUUGCUGUCCCAGCCAAGGGGAUUUGGGGUUGGGGUCCCUAUGGGGUUUUGCUGCCCUAAAUGUGGGUUUGCUUUGCUCAGAGCCCCCCUGCCCGGAUUUGGGGUGCGGCGCGGCGGAACCCUACACAGAGCCGCUGCCCUGCGUCACCCACUGCGGCUUCCUCUACAAAACCCCCUCCGUGGCAAAACCCCACAGCGAGAGGAGGGGUCAGGAAGAGUUCAGCCGGCGGUGGUGCGCGCUGCAGGACGGCGUCCUCAGCUACUACGAGAACGACCGCAACGCGGCGCCCAACGGCGAGAUCAAGGUGGCGGAAAUCGUCUGCCUGGUGAACAACCCGCCCCACAGCCACGGCAUCGAGUUCACCUUUGAGGUCUACAUCGAGUCGGAGAGGCUCUACCUCUUCGGCUCAGACAACCCCGACGGCGCCCGCGAUUGGCUGCGCUCCCUCGCCAAGUCCUUCAUCCCACCCUGCGCCGAGGAGCUUUUGGGCCACGACUUCGAGCGACUCGGGAGGCUGAUGUACAAAGGGGGGCUGAGCCUGGAGCGCCCCGAGGAGGGCUGGUUUGCUUUGGUGGGUUCCACGCUCCACGUCUGCUCCAGGGAUGGGCAGAAGCAGGAGGCCGUGCAGCUGAGGAAGCUGCAGGAGUUGUCCAUCCAAGGGGACAACGAGGUGCUGGUGCUGGUGGAGAGGAGGAGGUUGGACUACAGGGGUGGGGAUGGUAAUGGGGUGCCCCCCCUGCUUCCCCCCCCAUGCAGGGUGCAGCGUUUCGCGGGGGACAAUCAGAUGAACACACACAACCUGGCCAUUGUCUUUGGGCCCACGCUGUUCCAGACAGACGGACAGGAUUACAAAGCUGGGAGGGUGGUGGAGGAGCUGAUCGGGCACUACGUGGAGAUCUUCAAUGUGUGUGGGGCUGGGGGGGGGUUGGAGUGGCUGAUGCUUAUAGGGUUGCCCACCCCCCCUCCCCAUUGCAGUUGGGGUUUCACGGUGUUCCACGAGAACGAGAAGCACGACAGGCAGCAAUGGUAUCUGUGCUGUGACACACAGGCCGACCUCAGGGAGUGGUUUGCAACCUUCCUGCAUGUGCAGACGGGCGGCGCUCUCUGGCCGUCCCACUCUCUGAUUGGUCGCCCGUCGCGUCGCCCCGCGGAGGCCCGGCUCAGUUCCGCCCCCCUCAUCCGCCUGCGCCGCCCCGACAGCGUGAGUGGGGCGGCCCUAUAUGGCCCCAUAGAUCGCCCUAUAUGGCCCCAUAGAUCACCCUAUAUGGCCCCAUAGAUCGCCCUAUAUGGCCCCAUGGAUUGCCCUAUAUGGCCCCAUACACUGCCCUAUAUGGCCCCAUAAACCGCCCUAUAUGACCCCAUAGUCCACCCUGUAUGGCCCCAUAGUCUGCCCUAUAAGGCCCCAUAGAUGGCCCUAUAUGGCCCCAUAGUCUGCCCUAUAUGGCCCCAUAGAUGGCCCUAUAUGGCCCCAUAGACCGCUCUAUAUGGCCCCAUAAUCUGCCCUAUAUGGCCCCAUAGAUGGCCCUAUAAGGCCCCAUAAAUUGCCCUAUAUGGCCCCAUAGAUCACCCUAUAUGCCCCCAUAGACUGCCCUAUAUGGCCCCAUAAUCUGCCCUAUAAGGCCCCAUAGUUCGCCCUAUAUGGCCCCAUAGAUUGCCCUAUAUGGCCCCAUAGUCUGCCCUAUAAGGCCCCAUAGAUUGCCAUAUGGGGUAUUGGGGGGGAUAUAUGGGGUAUGGGGUUGGAUAUAGGGGG